AUGGACAGAAAAGACACCCAGCUGCUUUGCUCUUUGCUGCUGUGUAUCAUCACUCAGGUGUGGUGCCAACUGUGUACUGGGCCAUGCCAGUGCCCGCUCAGCAAGCCGCGCUGCCCUGUUGGUGUUCCUCUCAAGUUAGACAGCUGCGGGUGCUGUCAGGUGUGUACUAGGCAGGAGGGCGAGGCCUGCACUGACCGGCUACCCUGUGACACCCGCCGAGGACUGCAGUGUGACUACAGUGCCAGCUUCCCUGGAGGGCCGGGACAGUGUGUUGGUCGGAACAAGCUGGGCUGUGAGAUGCAUGGCAGGAGGCUGGAGGAGGGAGAGGUAUUUCGACCCUCUUGUGCCCAGCUCUGCUACUGUCUGGGGGGAGGGGUGACCUGUGUGCCCCUGUGCAGCCAUGAUUUGCAGAGGCCUACUGAUAAGUGCCCCAGCCCCCAGCUGCUGAAACUACCAGGGAGCUGCUGCAAAGAGUGGGUGUGUGACGGCCUUGACAACAGCUUUGCCUCAAAUCCAUCAGCAGCAGAGCAGGCGCGUCAGGACCACAGGGGUGGGCUGUCCGGCCCGUCGUUUGGCUCCAUCGCUAACUGUAUCAAGUGGACCUCAGACUGGAGCCCCUGCUCUCACAGCUGUGGCCCAGGUGUCUCUAGCCGUACCACAAACAGGAACUGGGUUUGUCGCCUGCAGAUGGAUACCAGACUGUGCCAAGUCAGGCUGUGCCAGACUCUGCUGCUCCGAAGGCUGCAGCCGGUCAGUCCAUUAUUGACACACACAGGCUGCUGGAGCACCAGAGCGUACCGUCCCAGGUUCUGUGCCUUGAUUUAUCCAGAGGGACGAUGCUGCAGCCCCUCCCACACCAGGACAGUGCGGAUGGUUUUCUGUUACCCCCAAGACAGGCUCACCCAAUAG